AGCUCCUGCCUCCCAGUAAAGCCUGAGGUGUGGUGUGGGUGUACCAAGGGCUGAUCUCGCGCUAACACCGGGGACAGAGGGUGGAGACACUAAAGGUACCUCAUAGAGUGCCUCUAUAAACUGGCUGUGCACUGGGAGGGGCUGAGCCUCUGCGCCCUGGAUGCUGCUAGCCAACUGGACCAGAAGGUAACGACCCAACCUGAAUCAUAAGAAGUACCAUGCUGCGUCUCCUGGCCCCCCGGUUAUCUGGUCUUUGUAGAAAGGUUGCUCCCUUCUCAUCUGCUGCGAAUCUUCCGAACCCUGUGCUACAGCCAGAUGUUCGCUAUGACAAACUCUUCAUCAAUAACGAGUGGAGGGAUGCAGUCAGCAAGAAGACAUUCCCAACGGUCAAUCCCUCCACGGGAGAGGUCAUCACUCAUGUGGCUGAAGGGGAUAAGGCAGAUGUGGACUUGGCUGUCAAAGCUGCCCGGGAAGCCUUUCGGCUGGGGUCACCAUGGCGACAGAUGGAUGCUUCUGAAAGGGGGCGUCUGCUUUACCGCCUAGCUGACCUGGUAGAGAGAGAUCGUGUCUACCUAGCCUCCCUGGAGACUCUGGACAAUGGCAAGCCUUUCCAAGAGUCCUAUGUCCUAGACCUUGAUGAGGUCAUUAAGGUGUAUCGGUACUUUGCAGGCUGGGCAGACAAAUGCCACGGGAAGACCAUCCCUAUGGAUGGAGAGCAUUUCUGCUUCACAAGGCAUGAGCCUGUUGGAGUGUGUGGCCAGAUCAUUCCAUGGAACUUCCCUUUGGUCAUGCAAGGCUGGAAACUUGCCCCAGCUCUUGCUGCCGGCAAUACUGUUGUCAUGAAGGUGGCUGAACAGACCCCACUCUCUGCCUUGUACUUUGCCUCCUUGAUUAAAGAAGCUGGCUUUCCUCCCGGAGUUGUAAACAUCAUCACAGGCUAUGGACCUACUGCAGGGGCUGCUGUGGCCCAACACAUGGACAUUGAUAAAGUGGCCUUUACUGGCUCUACCGAGGUUGGGCAUCUGAUCCAGAAGGCAGCAGGAGACUCCAACCUGAAGAGGGUCACGCUAGAGCUGGGGGGGAAGAGCCCCAGUAUUGUCCUGGCAGACGCAGACAUGAAUCACGCUGUGGAGCAGUGUCAUGAAGCCCUCUUCUUCAACAUGGGUCAGUGCUGUUGUGCAGGUUCUCGGACCUUUGUGGAAGACUCUAUCUAUGAUGAAUUUCUUGAAAGGACUGUGGAAAAAGCCAAACAGAGGAAAGUUGGGAAUCCCUUUGAGCUUGACACACAGCAAGGGCCCCAGGUGGACAAGGAGCAAUUUGAAAAAAUCCUGAGUUACAUCCAAGUGGGCCAGAAAGAAGGCGCUAAGUUGAUGUGUGGGGGAGAACGCUUUGGGGAGAAGGGCUUCUUCAUCAAGCCCACUGUCUUUGGCAAUGUACAAGACAGCAUGAGGAUUGCCAAGGAAGAGAUCUUUGGGCCCGUGCAGCCCGUCUUCAAGUUCAAAAAGAUCAGUGAGGUUAUUGAGAGAGCCAACAAUACCAAGUAUGGAUUGGCGGCGGCAGUGUUUACCAAGGACCUGGACAAGGCUAUGUAUUUGACCCAAGCCCUGCAAGCUGGAACUGUGUGGGUCAAUACCUAUAACAUUGUAACAUGUCAUACUCCUUUUGGAGGCUUCAAGGAAUCUGGAAAUGGAAGAGAGCUAGGGGAAGAUGGGCUCAGAGAAUAUGUGGAAGUAAAGACUGUAACAGUGAAAAUUCCUCAGAAAAAUUCAUGAAAAGCUCAUGGAUCAGACUCCAGUGGAUCCUACAACAACCUGGGUUUUACAGAUUGCACUUUUGUUCUAUGUGAUUACUUUCAAAAAAGACAGUGAUUCUGACUCAAAAGUAGAUUCUGGUGUACUUGAAGUAUGAAGUCUUAAAAAUUGGCAGAUUUUUCCAAUCUUGAUUCUUCUUCACUGUGAUUUGUUGGGUUCUUUGGUUUUGAUUUUUAUUAUCUUGUUUGCUGUUAUUUUUCUAACCUACAACCAGAAUCUCUUUCCCUUUUGCUAU